GUAUGGCAGCACUGCGCAAGGGUAAUAUAUCGUUAAAUAUUUAUCGUUUAUACUAUCGAGUGGUCAUCAAAAUGAACACAACAAACCAAAUUGAUAUUUUAUUUUAAACCAACAUAAUUUUUAAACGGAUCUGUGACAAUUGCUGAUGAUGUAACUAAAAAGAAUUAAAGAACAAAUACGAUGCAACAAUGCGAGGGUAAACGCGUUGCGUGGCAAUAAUUAAGUAAAGCAAAGAAAAGAAAAUUGCAACUGUGAUAAACACAUACAAACAAACGCACAUUAAGUAAUUGACAAGUCAGUAAUAAUGGCCGGUGAUAAGCAAACGGGAAGUGGACACAGCCUUAUCAGUAUCAAUAGCAAUAGCAACAACAAUAGUAACAAUGAGACGACAACAGCAACAAAUGCUUUCUCUCCUCCCACUACCGCUCCCCCUUCUCCACAGCGUAAAUCAUCCGCCUCAAAGUCGCCGCCACAGGAAUUUCGGAUUCUCUGCUUUGAUUUGACUUUUUACAAUCGGACAACACAGUUUCUAUUGAGCUGCGCCGGCGUCUUUAUACUCUACAUUAUCUAUGGCUACCUGCAGGAGCUAAUCUUCACAGUGGAGGGAUUCAAGCCAUAUGGCUGGUUUCUCACACUGGUGCAAUUUGGUUACUACAUUGGAUUCGGUUUGCUGGAACGGCGACUGGAAGCCUACAGCUCAAAUGGAGGGAGAUUGUGGAGUGUGGAACCCGCGCCACGUUGCAUUCCACUGAGAACGUACUUUGUGCUCGCUGCUCUCACGCUGGGCACAAUGGGAUUGUCCAACUCCAGUCUGGGAUAUCUUAAUUAUCCCACGCAGGUGAUCUUCAAGUGCUGCAAGCUGAUCCCAGUGCUGGUGGGCAGCAUCCUCAUCCAAGGCAAACGCUAUGGACCCCUGGACUUUGCUGCAGCCCUGGCCAUGUGCAUUGGCUUGGCCUGGUUCACACUGGCGGAUUCACAAAUGACGCCCAACUUUAAUCCCCUGGGAGUGGCCAUGAUAUCGGGAGCAUUACUCUGCGACGCCGCCAUUGGCAAUGUCCAGGAGAAGGCGAUGAGGGAGCACAAGGCGCCCAGCAGCGAGGUGGUCUUCUAUUCCUAUGGAUUGGGAUUUGUUUAUCUGUUUGUGAUCAUGUUGCUCACCGGCAAUUUCUUCAGUGGAUUCGCCUUCUGCUUGGCGCAUCCGUGGGAGACCUUUGGCUAUGGCUUCCUCUUCAGUCUGUCGGGGUAUCUGGGCAUUCAGUUCGUGCUGGCCUUGGUCAGGAGCAGCGGUGCUCCGUUGGCCGCCACGGUGACCACCGCUCGAAAGGCCGUGACCAUCGCCUUCUCCUUCCUGCUGUUCAGCAAACCCUUCACCGUGCAAUAUAUCUGGUCUGGUCUGAUUGUUGUGCUGGGCAUUUAUCUCAAUGUCUACAGCAAGCGGAAUAAAUUGACGUUCACGGAUUUGCAGCACAGAUUCAAGCAAUUCAGUGCUAGAAUUUCACGUUCACCGAGUCGCAAAUUCCUUAUUGAGGUCUAAGGAUGCUGUGUACCAAAUAAACUCCUUAAUUUUUAUUUUAGUCGAAUUAUAAAAGGAAUAUUUUAUAAGCAAGCUAUGUACUAUACUUAAGUAUAAAUAAAGGAAUAUUUUAUAAGCAA